GCCGCAACUAUUCAUCACUAUCACCAACCAAGCCGCCUGCCGGGCUCAGCAAAAGUACCGGCGCAUUAUUGCGAUCGUUUCCCUCUCCUCUCCUUGAGGCGAGCGUCGCACGGAGAGAAACAAAACCCAGAUGCUUUACGCCCGUUGGCCAGGAGAAACACUCCCAGGCGCCAACUACACGGCUCCGCACGUCGAAAGCCGGCGGUAGCACCCCCGAGAUGCCGCCCGCGCUCCCGCGGCCGUCGCCCUCUCUCCUCUCGAGAGGAGCAGCGUCGGUAAUCCCAUUCUCACCAACCUCCGCUGCCGCCCCCCGCUCACCCUCGGCCUCCUCCCGCCCGUUCUCCUCCGCCGUCCCGCGGUGCGCCUCGCGCCGGCAGCGCAUCCCGCCCGAGUCCCCGCGCUUCAUCAACGUGCCGAACCCGCCGCAGGACCAGUCGAUCGAGGCGCGCCGCGAGCUGAAGCCGAUCAAGGGCCACCUGCCGGUGCCGCGCCCCAUCUUCAAGCACCCCGAGGACCGCCGCAAGGUCACCGACGCCUGGCUGCGCGCCGCCGCCCCCCUGCCCACCCCGGGAAGCAAGAGCGGCAAGGCCGAGACGCCCAGCAACUCCGCCCAGGCCUGGAAGCGCCUCAUGGCCGAGACGCGCCGCAGCAACUUGCGCGACGGCGUGCGCCGCCUCUACGACCGCCACAGGCGCCUCCAGCGCCAGCGCCGCGAGCGCCAGAUCACCGGCGCUGCCCGCGCCCGCGCCGCCGCCGAGGCCCCCGAGCGCGAGGACGAGCGCCUCACUGCCACUACCGUCAACGCCGGCACGCUGCAGACCGCCGUGAUCCUCGACCCGCUGCGCUUCGAGCGCGCCCUGGAGUCGCGCGAGCGCACCAACGCCGUUGCCCAGCGCCGCAGCGAGGCCCGCCGCGACGCCCUCCAGGAGCUCUACAUGCGCGCCCGCUCCUUCAUCGUCACCGAGGAGCAGCUCGAGGCAGAAGUCAGCCGUCUCUUCUCCCCCACCUAUUGGAAGGAUCAGGGCCUCUCAUCGAGCGGCUUCGAGAUCACAAAUGUCUGGGAUCUCCACGGCCGCCCCAAGACCGUUGCCGAUAUGUUCACCGACAUCUCUCGCAACUCGAGCACCUUGCUGAAGAAUUACGAGACCGAUAAGACACGCACCCUCAAGCGCCAGAAGGAGGUCGCCGAGGAGCUUACGGGUGGCAAGCUGGACGGGACAUAAUAUCGUCCACGCGGAACUACCAGAAUUUACUUUCGAUUGGUCACGGUCGAGAGGCGAAAAGCGGUGUUGAAUGCGGGCCUCACCUUACUUCCCCCUCACUAUCGAGUGGUGACAGGUGCAAUGUUAAGACGUUUACACUAAUUACGCCUGUAUUUAUGAGAUCCGGCAGCUUCUUCACGAACGUAUGUAUAUAUCUCCCGUACAGGACAAAGAAUAACGUCCAUCAUGGA